AAUAAAUCAUGGAUAAAAGUAAAGACGAAGAGUGAGAGGAGUCUCAUCUGCAUAACUUAUCAUGCAUGUUUCCCAAGUGUGACAAGGAUCUCCUGGCCAGUAUUUUCGAGCUCAAUGACAACGAUUUUGAGAAAACGAAGCAGUUCGUGCAACUACAAAUUGAGGGAAAUCAACCUCAAGAAGACCCUCUAGACCAGAAUGAAGUUUAUCCUUCCUCUGAAGAAGAAAAAGAGGAUAGUGAAGAGCAUGAAGAUGAUCUUGAAGAGGAAUCUGAGGAAGAGCCUGAUGAGGAAAUAGACCAAAUCCUGGAGAAAUUUAAUAAGAAAGAUGGAGCUGAACUCCCAACUGCAGCUGGAGAAAACCCUGAAGAGGAUGAGAAAGAAACUGAAGAACUUGAUGAUGAAAUUAAAAAUGAUAUUAAGAAUUUUUAUUGUGACAAAUUUCCGUUUGUCAAAAGAAUAAGAAUAGAAUGAAUUAUUAUAUCAUUAUAUCCCAACUUAGAGUUGAUUGAGCAAUCUCUUGAGAAGAAGAAUAAUAAAGUUUUAAAGCAGCAACAAGAAGAAGGUCUAAUACAAGAUGCACCGGCCUUGAAGGUAGAAUCAUCAACAAUCCCGAGACAUCCAGGCGAUAAAGUUGUUAAAGAUAACUGGCAAGGUCUUUCAGCUGAAGAAAUUGUGAAUCAGAAGAAGAGGCAGAGAAAGUUGAAAAAGAGCCAGAACAAAAUCAAUGAUGCUAUAGCUAAUAAUAGCCCUAACCAGAGCCUAAAGGAUAGAGAUGAGCUAUUUAAGUGUCUAAGGCAUUUCCGAGAUGAAUUAAAGCCUGAAAUAUAUCAAGCCGCUUGGAAUAUCAAGCAGUGUCAUAUAAACAGAGAUUUCAAAUCAAAGAAAUACUGGCAAAAGGAGCUUAAAAAAUUACAAAUUGUUUAUGAACAGUACAGGCGUCAAGCUAUUGAAAUAAAAAUUGAAGCGAACUGUUCUAAAGAAGAGGGUCAUAUUCUAGACCUGCACUCGUUGACAGUAGACGAAGCGUUGAUCGCUUUGGACCAGAAACUGCAAUCAUGUUAUGAGCUGAUCAACUCUGAACGUGUAGUUAAUCCAUCUGCGAUGAUUAAGUUAAGAGUGAUCACUGGCAAGGGCAAGCAUUCGAAGAGCAAGCCAGUAGUCAAGAUCAACACGCAUAAGUAUUUGAAGCAGAGAAGAAUCAGGUUUAAGGUGACUGAUGGAGGAGGGGCCUUAGUGGCGUUUUUGAAGUAA